GAAGGAUCAAUUGGAGAAGAAAGGAGGAGGAAGAAGACGACGAAGACGAUGAUUAUGAUGGUGAUGAUGAGAGAGAAAGUUCGGCAAAAACAACAAAUGAGCAGAUGACUCUGAAGAAAGGUCGUUAUUGCUUUCUCUCUCUCUCUUUCUCUUUCGAGGAGAGCUAGACUCAUCUCUGCUAAUUCUGGGCCCCCCCCCAUCUCCCAGAAACUCAGUCCUUUCUCCCUCUCUCUUCCCCACCUCAGAAGCUUAACUUUUUUCUCUCAGAAAAGCCAAAGUGACAGUAAUAGUCGUCUUACCAACAGAUGCAGAAGUAGCAGCAUCAGUGAUCUUCUUAAGGGCGAGACAGACAGAAACUAGAAAGCCACCCAACAAACAAGAUCUCUGUCUCUCUCCGCGUAUCAAAAUUUAAUUACUCUUUUUUUCUCUCUCUCUAACUCAUAACUUCUCUCUGAGGGAAUUUCAGAGACCCCACUUACAUAACACCUACAGAGAUACAUCCAUAGAUUGAGCUCAGUAUCACAAAUCUCUCUCACUAUAUAUGCAUGUGUCUCUGUUUGUUUGUGUUAAAUAUACACUUCCAGUCAAGAGUGGAUUCUGUUAACAAGACCAACAGUUGUGGCUACCACAAGGAGGUUACCUUCAGAUUCUGGAGCUUUCGCAGACUGGGGGGCUGCGUCUUCCUCCGCUGCGGGUUGCGCUGCCCCGGAUGAGCUCUCCCUCGGCUUUAAUGCCGGACCCACCGCCGCUGGAACCAGCACCGGCCCCACCUCCGGAAUGUGGCAAGCUGCGUCCUCCAGGCCCAUCAAUUACGGCCUCGCUCCCACCGAAAUGGGCAUGGUGGGCCUGCGCGAUCUCUUUGUCGUCGCGCCCGCCUCGUCUUUCCACCACAACAACCAUCACGGCCACCACCAUCACCAGCAUGACCCCAUGAUGUCCAAUCCUCAUUCCAUCAACGGCUCCAACCCCGCCACUGCACUCGGCAUGGGCGUCGGAGUGGGCGUCAUCCCCCUCCUCACGGCUACUUCGUGUCUCGCCCCGCCGAAUAUCGGCGUCGAAGAUGAGAACAAUGCGCUGAGUAACACGAAUCGGGGCGGUGGAGGAAUUCAGCUCUGGCAGAAUAAUCAGCAAACCCAGCAUGGGCACUAUUUCAAGAAACCUGCGAUUCUUGAUCAUCAAGGUGGUUCUGGGAAUUUCUUGCAAAGUGGUGGCAACGGUGGGGGUGGGAUCGGUGGUUCGGCAACGACAACGUCUUCAACAGCCACAUGCCAGGACUGCGGUAACCAGGCCAAGAAAGAUUGCAGCCAUGGAAGGUGCAGGACUUGUUGCAAGAGUCGCGGUUUUGAUUGCGUCACUCAUGUCAAGAGCACUUGGGUCCCAGCCGCUCGGCGAAGGGAACGCCAGCUCAUGACUGCGUCCGGUUCUGCAGCCGCUGGCUCUUCUGGGGCUACCUCUUGUUCCAAGAAACCUAGACUCAUCACCUCGCAAACCACCUCUCAUACUUCCACUUCAAAUACCACUCCCCCAAGAAGCUUUGAUACUAGUUCCAGUCACCAAGUUUUUGCUGAAUUCUGCACAGAUGGGAAUUUUAAAGAGGCAUUGCCUGGGCAAGUACGUGUACCAGCUGUUUUCAAGUGCGUACGAGUGACGGCUGUGGAAGACGGCGAGGAUGAGUACGCGUAUCAGGCGGUUGUAAAGAUCGGUGGCCAUGUGUUCAAAGGGUUUCUGUAUGAUCAAGGGAUUGAAAAUAGAGAUUAUCCUAAUAUAUCUGAAUUGCAUCUCGGCGGCGGCGGCGGCGGUAGUAGUGGUGGAGGUGGGGGGAGAAAUGGGGCCUCGUCGUCUUCCCCAAUCCUUGACCCUUCUGAUGUUUAUGCAGCCUCCGGCCGAGGACUGCUUGGAGGUUCAAGCUAUGGUAAUCCAAUAAAUUGAAGCGUUUUCGUACACUUCCAGUCUCCGAGAAUAAGGUAGUCGAUCUAGGGACUGGGAAGGAAUGCAGCUCUUCUUCUUCUUCUUCUUCAUGUUUUCCACUUUUUCAUAUGCUUUUGCAAAAACUGUUUCAUUAUUUAUAUAUUCUUGUAUCUUAUUAACAUAUCAUGUCAUGCUCUCAAAUUUUCAGCUUCUUGGAUUUGAUUUUCUUUGUUUCUCGCAGCCUAUUUCCUCUUGCCAUCGCAAUGAGAUCGAGGAUCAUUAUAUGCUAAUAAUGCUACAUUUCUAACGACUGUAGUCAUUUUCUUAACCAGAUUACUGAAAAUGGAAACUAAAAAAGGAGGAAACAGCUUGUUCUAUAUAACUGCUAAUAGUAAUUACAUGUUUUAGAAUUAAUGGGUUAUUAUAUAAUAUAAUUACAUGUUUUUUCUUAUUUUUCAAAGGUGAAGGGUACAGUGCAAAAGGGUAAAGGUUAUUCAUCCAAGGAAAAUUGUGGUCUCAACCUUUCAUUUAUAAGUUUUCCAAUUUUCUCUUGCUGGUAUUAUAACGUACUUGCCUUGAUCAUCAUCAUGUGCUGCUAGAUAUAAGUAAAUUUUUUCUGGUCUAGAAAUUCCGAUCCCACUUCUAAAGUAUGUAUUGUGUGCUUCCUUUUCCUUGAUCCUCGUUUUCAUUAUUCUAAUCAUUUAUACUUUCAUGGUUGGCACUGAACAAUAUAAGGCAACAGUUUUCUUUCCUGUCGUUAGGUUUGUUUGGUUCAGCAUUAACUAGAAGAAAACGUGAAUAUCGAUCAUUAUUAUAGCGCUGCUUUAGACUUUAGCAUGAGAAUUAAGUUGUAAUGUCACCAUCAUUGUUUGCCAAAGAAAACAUGACAUCAGAUGAACGUCCUUUUCAAGCCACAUCAACCUCAUGAUGCGUUUAUCACAUUUGAUCUGCAGUAUGUGGACAACCCUGCUACUGUGUUCCUUUAUGAAUACCUGAUGUACUUGCUUCUGCAUGCUGUUUCCUUUGUUUGGGAUAAUGUAUUCAGCUUUGAAUCUCAGAAAUGUCGGAUCAUUCAUCCAGCCUUGGUAUAUAUCAGCCUUGGUAAAUAAAAAUAUUAUUUAAUCUCACAUAUUUGCAUAGAUUUUUGUCAUCAUUGACACUGGAUAUUUCUGCACUCAUUGCUUACCUUCAUCAAUAAUAAAUUUACUUAUACUGCAUUAGUUCAGUGCUUGCACAGCUUCUAUUACCGAACAUACUGAUAUGUAUAGAUAUUAUUCUGCUUUGUGGUUGUUUGAUGUUUUUGUUUUUUCUUUUGUUUUGUCCUUAGUGUAUGCCUUAACGUCGGUGAAAACUACAUGUACAAUGUACCGAGUCGUUUUAAUUUUCUUUUUGUCAAUGCAUGCUUCUUGUUGUUAUUGUAUGCUUUUUUUUAAUCAUCUGGUCAUUACUUCCUUUGGUACUUACCAGGAUAAUUGCUGUUUGGGAUGUGUAUGUGGCUUCUCUUUGAUGUACUUAUGU